AUGAAAAAUUCUAAUAUCAAAAAACCAUUAAUUGAAAUUACGCGUCAAGCCAAUAAUUUAAUUGACUCAUCUAUUAAUGAUUCAGUUAACUUGCCUAUUAAUCAAAGCAAUGCUGAUGAAGAUACUAUAGAUAAUAGCAAUGCUGUUUUUGAAUUUGAGAUAUUAAAUCAGUCAUUAAAUGAAAUUACAAGAUCUAUUCAUGAACAAAUUGAAAAUAGAAGUGGAUACAAAUAG